AUGGGCGGCUCGGCCUUCAGCGCCGGCAACGCGCCGCUCCACACGCCGCGCAUGCCCAGGCCCGUCUACGACGCCGUCAAGCAGCGCUGCACCGCCGUCCUGGCCGAGCUGUACCACUGCGUCGGCACGCCGCUCGAGGGGCCCGGCAAGCUCGACUUUGGCGACGUGGACCUGGUCGUCGCGAGCCCGCGAGACGGCGGCGCUGCGUCCUCCCACGAUGCCCUGCGCAGCAUCGCGGUCGCCCUCGGAGCCGCGCGGGCCAUUUUCCGCGACAAAGCACCCUCCAGCCUGGCCCUCCCCUGGCCCGCCGCCGAUGACGACGACGACGACGACGACGACGACGACGACGACCAUGAUGGAUCCCGUGAGCGGCACGUCCAGGUCGACGUGUUCAUCUGCGCCUCCGCCGACGCCCUGCGCUGGCUGCUCUUCAAGCACGCCCACGGCGACGCGUGGAUCCUGCUCGGCUCCGUCAUCCGCCCCUACGGCCUGACCGUCGACGACGACGCGCUGUGGCUGCGCGUCGCCGACAUCGAGCCCGUCGACCGCGCCCGCGCAAAGGUGCGCCUCACCGCCGACCCGCACCGCGUCCUCGACUUCCUCGGCCUGCCCGUCGCGCGCUUCGCCGAGGGGCCCUUUGCCAGCGCCGACGACCUGUUCGAGUACGUCGCCCAGUGUCGCAUGCUCUGGGUGCCGCCGGCGGGGAGUGGCUCCGCCGACGACCACGGCGCCGCCGCAGACGCCGUCACGCUCAAGUCCAACGACCGCCGCCGCCUCAAGCAGCGCCCCGUCUUCCGCCGCUGGGUCGACGACUUCAUCCCCCGCUGCCGCGCGGCAGGCCGCUUCGCGACAGCGCAGACGACACGCGAGGCCACCACGAGCGAAGCCCUUGCCCGCUUCGGCGCCGAAGCCGCCUAUGCCGCACGCCGCACCGCCUUCCUGCAGGAGCGGCAGACGCUCGCGAUCCGCAACGAGCUGCAGCGCGCCGCGGUGACGGCUCCCAUCCCCGUCGACGUGGUGGCCACCAUCUACCGCGCGUGCCUGGCCAAGGCGCUGCGGGCCGUGGUGCUCGGCGGCGACGCGUCGUACGGCGUCGUGCCGGAGGAGGCGCUGCGCGGCGACGAUGGCUUCUUCUGCGUCGAGCGCGUCGAGGCGUUUGUGAGGCGCUGCCGUGAUGAGCUGGGUGCUGCGGCUAUGGAGCGCCAUUGGGUUCGGUUUGAGGCCUAUCACCGUGGCCGGCUGGCGGCCCGCGAGGCUGCUGCCACGACUGGCUGA